AUGCACCUGCAUGCCGCCCCCACCACCACGCCCCUACCCCUGCUCAUGUCCACCACUGGAGGCCUGUACACGGCCGCCAAGGCCAAGUCGUCGCCAGCGAUUGCCCAGCGCCUGGCAGAGGAGGCCAGCUCGCCGUCGUUCCACUCCUUCAAGCUGAACCAAGAUCGCUCGCUGGCCGACAAAGAUGCCAUUGACGUGGAGGUGGACGACCAGGAUACGGACAUGGAUGCCGAGGAGCACGACGAGCACGAGCACGAGCACGAGCACGAGCACGAGGCGGAGAGCGAUGGCGAUGUAGAGGGCGACGAUCACGACGGGGAUAACGAUAGCUUCAGCGAGCAUGCCCGCGAGCUGAUCGGCGAUGGCGAGGGCGAUGACAUCAAGGAGCAUGUCUUCCCGCUGCACGACAACGAGCUGCACCACGAGAUGCACUCCAUUGAAGAGGUUCAGCAGCAGCUGCAGCACCACGACGAUGAUGCCGCACCAGCUCCCGCCGCCGCCGCCGAAGAGAGUGCCAGUGAGGCGCUGCCGAGCUCCACAGAGUCGCCGGCCGCCACCGCCAUCGAGGAGCGCAUCAAGCAGAUUGCGCAGGACUUCCAGAAGAUGGCCAGCUCGCAGGAGAUGCAGACCCCGCCCAAGGAGGAGGUUCGCCCCAGCAUCGCUCUCGCUGAACGACCUGAUACGCACCUGCGCCCCAACGAGCAGAGAUCAUACCCCAGAUCGACUCCGACUACUCGAACGCCAUGCGGUUCUGGGCAGACCCUGUGCCCAACAACUAGCUUCCCCACUGCAUUGGCCUCCAUUAGCAUACACUAG